AUGAUCAACCCUCACUACAAGCCUCUUCUUGAUCAAAUCAAUGAGUUGGAAAACUCAAGAAGGCUUCAGGAAUGCAAGCUGGUGGAAGAACGUACUCGACAUGCAAAGACAUUGAAAGAUUUGGAAGAACUUAAUUUGAAAUUGGAGAAGAUGUAUUCAUAUGAAGCCUUGCUCAAAGAGAAAAUCACCCAUCUAGAAGCGGAAACAAGAAAUGAAAGUAAAAUUCACGAGCAGUUGAAAAGUUCAGUCAAGUAUUGCAAGCAAGAAGAAGAGGUCUUUGAAAAGCAUGUGGUUUCAUAUCGAAAGACUGUUGAGUUCAAGAUAGCUGAGCUUAAAUCCCAAUUAGAUGAGGCAGAGAAGAAUUACGCCAAGGCACUCGAGAUGUGGAACUGCUGUCCAAAUUUGAAGGGAGUUGAGAGUUUAAAGAAGCAGGUGGAAGAACUUGAAGCCAAGUUGAGACAUGAUGAAAGUCAACUCGAAGAGAAGGCCCAACGUAAUCAUAGCUUGGAAGUGGAGAUUCGAAUGCUCAAAGAACAGCAUUCGGAGAUGGUGUAUCUUUCUGCCUCUCUAUUGAACACGAUUGAAAAGACCAAACAAGAUGUACAGGAUCUUACUCUCAAGAUGAAUCAACACGCUCAACCUCUCAAUAGGAAUGUCUUGGAUGCUUCAAAAGCAGAAGCUAUGAUUUCUGAAUUUCAAAAGGAAAUGAAGACUCUUCAGAAUGAGAUAUCUGCAUUCGAAUCCUUCAAUAGCGAUCUUCGUCAGGACAUGGAGAAUCAAGAACGUUUGCAAGAAGCCUUACAUCAAAUGAUUGAGCACAAGCUUUGUAUGAACUGCUUGUCUGAGGGUCUCCAUCAGACCCACGAGUAG